AUGAAGCUUCUGUCAGCAAUUGUCUCUCUCGCCGCCUUGACCGCAGCGGCCCCUUCACCAGGCUUUAGCAAGAGGCAAGAAGCUCUCACGGGCCCCAUUCCGUCUCAAGAGACGGUCGCAUGCGGCGAUGAUCCCAAUCGCACCUAUUGCUUCGACGAAGUCGUAUGGGGAAGGGGCCAAGAUUACCAAACCACUCUGCACAAAUACUGUCAAUACCAGUACGCCGAUGACGCGCUCAGCUGUCACGGAUGCAUGCGCCAGCCAUUUCCGACUGAUAAUUGCGCCGCCGCGCCUGGCGCUUGGAAUUCGGCGUUCUUCUGUACAGAGGGUAUUUACAAGUUUGCCUUUCGAUGCAAGAACUGGUGCAAAGAAGGGAAGUGUAUCCGAUGA